AUGCGCUCCUUCCAGCAGGUCGUUCUCUUCCUCUUCGCGCUUGUCGCCUUCGUCGUCGCACAGGACAGCCAAGCCUACGACGCGACCAUCUAUGUCACCAGCACCAUCUACAAGGUGAACACGGUCACCCUGAGCAGCAGCCCUGCUUAUGAGGUCGCCAACUCUACCACCACCAUCGCUGCCUCCUCCCAGGCCACCGCUGCAUACUCUAUGCCCGUCCCCGCCAACAGCACUGCGCCCUACCCCACUGGUACUGGUGCCUCUUCCGGCGCACCCAUUGCGCCCACUUCUGCUCCUUUCCCUGGUGCUGCCUCUGGCCUCUCCGUCAACGGCGCGCUCGUCGCCAUGUUCGCCGCCGGCCUUGGUUUCCUCGCUCUAUGA